AUGGCAGCCACACAAGGAGGAGGAGGAGCAGCAGCUGCUGCUGCUGCAGCAGUAGCGAAAGAUCCCCCUUGCUGCAGCAGCAAAAGAAAGCCACAAAUUGUAGCUACUCCUUCCCCUACACACCAAGAAUUAGCAGCAGCAGCAACAGCAGCAGCAACAGGCGCAACAACAGCAGCAGCAACAGCACCUGCAGAAGUAACAGAGGCGAAUGGAGAAUCUGCACUGCUGCUGCAGGAGCAGCAGCAGCAGCAGCAGCAGCAACGAUUAAAGAGACGAACAUAUAUAAGAAGGUUGCGUCGUUGGCUAAGACUGAAGCUGCUGCUGCUGCUGCUGCAUGCGCAGCGCAUGCGUCGUGUUUUGCUGCAGCUGCAGCACUGGGGACAGAGGAGACGUAUGCGUUUGCUGCUGUUGCUGCAGCAGCAAAUAAGAGAGGUACCUGAGCUACGAUGGUUGCUGCUGCUGCUGCUGUACCUUGCUGCUGUGCUGCUGCUGUCUGUGCUGUACUUACGCCUUAUAGAGCCCCUAUGGCAGCACCUGCCUAUUAGGCAGCAGCAGCGGCUGCUGCUGCAGCAGCUGCAGCAAGACUAUGCAGCAGGUGCAGCAUAUCUUUCCCCUUUAUGGGGGGAGGAGCAGGCAGAGGAGAGGGAGAAUUUUGCUGAGUUUGCUGCUGCUGCUGCUGCUGCUGCUGAGAAAAAAAUCAACAGCAACAGCAACAGCAACAGCAGCAGCAACAGCAGCAGCAGCAAAAGACUCUUUCUGCUGCAGCUAGUUGUACUUGGAGGACGGGCACAGUUUGCUGCAGCAAGGAGGAAGCAGCAGCAGCAGCAGCUAGAUACCUUCUAUAAGCAGCAAACACAGUUCGCAUACAGUGCUCGUCCUCCUCCUAAGAGCAUCAGCAGCAGCAACAGCAGCAGCAGCAGCAGAGAACUAGAAGCAGCCCUCGAGGAGGCAGCAGCAGAAGAAAUUGAUCUGCGUGCUGCUUUUGCUGCUGCUGUCCGUAACCAGCAUCACCAGCUGCAGCAGCAGCAGCAGCAUAAGCCGGAGCAACGCCGAACAUCUAGCCGAGGCAUGCGCAUGCAGCAGCAGCAGCAACAGCAGCAGCAGCAGCAGCAGCAGGUGUACGGGCAUCCUUGUAUGGCAAACGCAGAAGAUAUAAUGGAGAGAGGUAAGGCAGAUGCAGCAGCAGCAGUUGCUGCUGCUGCUGCUGCUAAGCGUGUCCGUGAGGUAGAGAGGGAGCUGCGGCUGGAGCAGCUGCAGCAGCAGCAGCAAGAGAAGCAGCAGCACCAACUGAUGCAGCAGCAGGUGCUGCUGCAGCACAAGCUGCGGAUAUCCAAACGUCGUGGGGAAGAAGCGCUGCAGCAGAAGCAGCAGCAGCAACUGCAGCAGGUGCAGCAGCAGCUGCAGCAACUGGAGGAGCAGCAGAUGGUAGUUAAGCAGGAGGUUGAAAGAUUGGAGCAGCAGCACAAUGAAUACCGCAAGCAGCAGCAGCAGCAGCAGCAGCAGCACAUGCACUUUGCUGCAGCAGAAGAAGCAUGGCAUGCAGCAUGUCUUAGGUUAUUUCAUAGCAACAGGACAUGGCUAGCUUUGCUGCUGCAGCAACAGGUAGCUUACUAA